CUCUGAGACAAAUAUACCCCAUUCUCUCUCUCUCUCUCUCUCUCUCUCUCUCUCUCACUCUCUUCGUUCCCUUCUCCGAUCCAUUUCAAAACCUCGAUUUGAUCGGAGUACGAGGGAUUAAUUAAUGCGAUAAGGUACAUUUCGACCGACAAAAGGCGCCGGUGAGAGUUUGCAGUUAUCAAGAGAGGGAUGAAAUUGGGGAACUUAAAUGGGUUAAGAAGCAAACAACUUAAACUCGCUGUCAUUGCAUUUUGCACAACACUUCUAGUUUUGGCAUGGGAGAAAGCACCAUAUCAAUCGUCUCUUAUCCUGCCCCCAGAUCAAUUAAUUCUAUUUCCUCCAGUUGCUAAAACAAGGUAUCUACAUGACCACCCCUCUGCAGAGGAAGAUUUCCCAAAUGGAGAGACAUUACCACGAACAGCUACUGAAAAAGUAGAGCAAGUUCCACAUGCACCAUCCUUAGAUUCCACGAUUAUAAGCUCUGAGACAACUAAAGGGGACGACAAAGUUACAGGCGAGAAGAAAGGAUGUAACUUUGCCAAGGGAAAAUGGGUUCCUGAUGACAGAAGACCUUUAUAUUCCGGUUAUGGGUGUAAAAAGUGGCUCUCUGAGAUGUGGGCCUGUCGGUUGACUCAACGCACGGAUUUCUCCUACGAGAAAUUUAAGUGGCAGCCUGAAGGCUGCGACAUGCCUGAGUUUGAAGGACCUACAUUCUUGAAAAGGAUGCAGGACAAAACUAUUGCCUUUGUAGGUGAUUCCUUAGGAAGGCAAAUGUUCCAAUCUAUGAUGUGUAUGGUGACUGAAGGGAAAGAGAGACCGGAUGUGGAGGACGUAGGUGUAAUGUACGGUUUUGUGCAAGAAGCUGGUGCAAUUCGACCUAAUGGUUGGGCUUAUCGAUUUCCAAUCACAAAUACCACCAUUCUAUUCCACUGGACAUCCACCCUAUGCGACUUAGAGCCUCUUAACACAUCAAACCCUACUACCAGUUAUGCCAUGCACCUCGAUCGGCCCCCAUCCUUUCUUACACAAAAUCUCGAUAAAUUGGAUGUGGUAAUUCUUAACACAGGCCACCACUGGAAUAGAGGGAAGCUCAAAGCGAACAGAUGGGAGAUGUAUGUUAAUGGAUUCCCAAACACCAAUAAGGAGAUUGCUCCUAUGUGGAAAGCCAAGAAUUUUACUAUGCACAGUGUUGUUAAGUGGCUAGAUUCUCAGCUCCCUAAUCACCCUCGACUUAAAGUCUUUCUCAGGUCGAUAUCUCCUAGGCACUUCUUUAAUGGGGAGUGGAAUUCCGGGGGAAGAUGCGACAACGCAAACCCGUUGGCGGGUGGGGAUGAAGUUUCGCAUGAUGGUUCUGAGGAUGCCGAUGCUGAGCUCGCAGUGAGGGGCACAAGGGUUAAGCUUUUGGAUAUAACUGCUUUAUCGAAUUUGAGGGACGAGGGGCAUAUAUCGAAGUACAGCAUUACUGCCGCGGAGGGAGUACAGGAUUGCUUGCAUUGGUGCCUACCAGGUAUUCCUGAUGCAUGGAAUGAGAUCCUCGCUGCGCAGUUGUAGGUAUGCACGAUAUUAGGCUAUUAGUUGGAGGAUUAUUUUCACCACUGGUGAAGAACUAUCACCUGGACUUUGUGUACCACAUCAGCUGUGGAGCGAACCAAUCGAAAGGCAACGCAUACCCCCCUCCUUUUGUGCACCUGCGACUUCUCGUCAUCUUUUUCAUUUGUCAGAGCUGUUUGUUAGGCGAGGCAAGGUUAACAAAAAACCAAGGCUCCUCCUUAUUCAGGGAUACGUGUUGUUCUUUUAGCUGGUUCAUCUUGCGGUUGACGUGGUGCCCCAAUUUCAAAGAAUAAUAUCUCCUCCAUGUGGUUCUCAUUGGCUAUAUUACACUUACGGUUCGGUAACGAACCGUGUAAGUGCGAUAACCGGUCUUUUCUGGCUGUGCUUUUCUGUGGCGCACAUGAUUUUGUCAAUUCCUCGCUGCUCUAAGUACUGGCCAAAGAGCACACUAAUAUCCUGGUGUGUUUUUGAUGGUCAGAACAGAAUAUUUGAACUGUUUAUGAUGGGCCUAUAGAAGCAGUAUUUAGUUCUAGUUUAUUUGUUUGCUGAGCACAGUAUUUUCAUCUUCUCUUGUCAUCAGAUUACUACCAUGUAUAGUUAUGAUAAUAUAUGAUUUUAUUCCUUUUGUCUUAAAA